AUGGUGGUGGUGAAAAAGGAUUCGACGAGGAAGGCCGCUGACGAGCGGACGAUGUCCCCGCCCCCUGAUGGUGGAUGGGGGUGGGUCGUGGUCUUCGCGUCGUUCAUGAUACACGUCAUUGCAGACGGCGUGACGUACACUUUCGGAAUCUUCUACUACGAGUUUCUCAAGUACUACGGCAGCAGCAAGGGCACGACUGCGUGGGUGGCUUCCAUUAUGGUCGGCACGACGUACUGUAUCGGUCCCGUGGCCAGCGGCCUGACGAACAAGUAUGGCUGCCGCGCAGUUACGGUCGCAGGCGCAGUCCUGGCUGGCACAGGCCUCGCCAUCAGCACCCUGGCCCCCGACGUGCUCUUCCUCUUCUUCUCGACUGGACUCUGUACGGGUGCGGGCCUGGGCCUCAUGUACCUACCAUCCAUCGUCAGCGUGACGUGCUACUUCGAGAAGCAGCGCGCCUUCGCAACUGGGGUCGCCGUCUGCGGCUCGGGGAUCGGUACCUUCGCCCUUGCGCCCCUCACGGAAUACCUGGUCGAGGCCUACGGAUGGAAAGGUGCCAUGCUGCUCAUCGCGGGACUCGUUCUCAACUGCGCCGUCUUCGGGGCCCUCUUCAGGCCCCUCGAGCCCCCCAAGCUCAGCGCCUGCAGCGCCCCCCUGCUGGUCCCCGAGGGCGACCGAAGCCCCUUCCAAGCCGACCGGAAGACGAUUCUGGAAGAGACGCCAUUUGCGGAAGAUCUGGCGACGCCCAAGCUGACGAACGGAUUCGUCAGUCUCUCGAAACCCGACCUAUCGACGACGACGAACGGCUACAGCACGCACCCGUCCACCCCGUGCGAGAGCAAGGCCAACGGUUUUGCUAAACUCAGAUCAAAUUUCGAGAAAAAAGAAGAUGCUUCUUGCAGGAACAGCCUGUUGCUUCCGUCUGAGUUCCUGAGGAGGAAGGUGGAGGGCGGGCCCCUCUCGAGCUUUGUGUGCUCGUCCGCAUCCCUGGCACAGACCAACAAGGAGCUCUCCCAGCUGUCUUCUUUGUCGCAGUCGCACGCGGGGGGCGGCCUCAUGUGCCGCAAGGACAUCUUCUACAGCGGGAGCCUCGUCAGCCUCGCCAAGUACCGCUCGAACCCGAACCUCCCCUACCACUCGGGGGGAGUGGACUCUCCCGAGAAGAGGCGGGAAAAGGAGGGAUGCUGCCCCGCACAGAAAUCCUUAUGCUGCCCGGAGGAGAUCCUCUCCGCCCUGCGCGAGAUGACGGACUUCUCCCUGCUCCGGGACCCCGUGUUCCUCCUCUUCGCAGUCUCCAACUUCCUGACUUCGAUCGGGUUCAACGUGCCCUACGUCUACACCAAGGACCGGGCGGCCGAGCUGGGCAUCGGCGGGGAGCAGGCCAGCCUGCUGCUGUCCGUGAUCGGAGUCUCGAACACCGUGGGGCGCGUCACGCUGGGCUUCCUCUCGGACCGCGCAUGCGUCAACAGGCUGUGGAUCUACAACGUCAGCCUCAUCCUCUGCGGAUUGGCCACGGUGCUCAGCUGCUACGCCGACGACUACACGCUCAUGGCCAUGUACUGCGCCACCUUCGGAGCCACGGCCGGAGCAUACGUCAGCCUGACAUCUGUGAUCCUGGUGGAUCUCCUGGGGCUGGACAAGUUGACCAAUGCGUUUGGAAUCCUGCUGGUCUUCGAAGGCAUCUCUUGCCUACUGGGCCCACCCAUCACAGGUUGGUUAUACGAUGGUCUGGGCUCCUACGAUCCAGGCUUCUACAUGUCCGGCUGCAUGAUCGCGGCUUCUGGCCUCAUUCUCUUCCUGGUGCCUUGCUUAUCCAGAAAGUUGGCUCCUGAGGAACAGCUGCAACCGGCGAUCAAGCUGAUAGCAGAAUCGGCCGCUUGA